AAAUGUGAAGCUCAAAAGAGCCCCACCUGCCCUGAAUGACGGUCGCCACUGCUUAUAUUAUAACUUUUGCUGGUAGUAGGGCGGUGUGACAAACAGAGAGAGAGAGAGAGAGAGAGAGAGAGAGAGAGAGAGAGAGUGAGAGUGAAGAUAAUGUUACAUGCCGACGAGAGGGAUUCAAUCAGGUGAGGCGCACGGUUGGCUCAAUUUGGGAUUCGAACUGGCUUUGGCAGACAGGGGUGCCACGAAGUAACGAGAUUAGCUAGCACCUCGUAGAUGGUCUUAUUUUCAAAAUGAGGUUAAGAGUUGGAUUUAUUCUUCGCAGUGUAAUAGUUAUUGCCACAUUCUUAGGGCUUGUGGUGCUUUGGUCUUCCCUUUCGCCGAAAGAGCACGACGAAAAUCCCUUUGCUAAACGGGAGGGAGAUGCCUCUAACCUCUUGCCUAAGAAUGACAUUGCUGACCAGUUCAAACCCGUGGUCCCCUGGCCCCACGUGGAAGGGGUCGAGGUGGACCUGGACUCCAUCCGACAGAAGAACAGAGGAGACGACAAGCUGGUUCCUGGCAAACCAGCCGGCGGUGCUCAGAACCAGCAGAAUGUCAUCCAGAAACAGUAUGUCACCUUCAAGCCCCACACCAAUGUCUACUCGGCACCCGUCCUAAGGAAGGGGACCCUGGGGAACUUUGAGCUCAAGGAGCCAGAGCCCCACGGGGUGCAGGAUGGGCCUGGGGAGGGGGCGAAGCCGUUCGUUCUGGGAGCGGAGUACCACGAGGCCGCCCAGGCCAGCAUUAAGGAAUUUGGCUUCAACAUGGUGGCCAGCGACAUGAUCUCCCUAGACAGGACCAUCAGCGACAUUCGCCAUGAAGAGUAAGUAGUAUAAGGCCUGAGCCCAAUCCAGGCAGAUAGACAAGGUGCUGGGUCAUAGUAUACUUUUUUUUUUAGACCUAGGUCUAUUGGAAUGGUUUGUGUGUUUUUGCAUUUAAAUUUGAAUGAAGAAGAAAUCUGUGACAUUCACCAUAAAGAGUAGUUAAAGUAGCAGGCCUUAGAGCCCAGGUAGAUGGCUACUGUAUGGAUUGGUGAUACUGUGUUGUGUAAACUAGUUGUCGUCCCUAUUAAGGAUGUAGCUAGGCCUAUCGGAAUGGUACGUGUGUUAAGGAACUGUCAUCAACUUAAUGUUUUUUCUCUUCUAAAUAUGUCUCACUGGGUGUUCCAAUUGAAUGUUACGUCAUCGUUCCUUUCACAAAUGUUACAAAUGUAUUUUUUAAAAGAUCAUAAUGUAUCCAUGGCUUGACAUUAGGUCUGAAGGGCACUUGCCCAUCAGGGAUGUCAGGAGUUUUUUGUUGUUGUUUUUUUUGCCUUGCCUGAUGAUUAUGAUCACUUGCCUGAAAAUGUGAAUUAACUAUUUGCCAUACUAGCUGCCCUUUACCAACACAGGGGAGGAAUAAAUAUAAAGAAUUUUA